CGCACAUCACACCGCCGCCACCUUGACGGCCCACGACGAUGCAGAUCUUCGUGAAGACGGUCACCGGGGAGACUCUCACGCUUGAGGUCGAGAGCAGCAACACGGUGGACAGCGUCAAGGCCCAGAUCCAGCGGAAGGCAGGAAUCGACGGCGAUCAGCCACCGUCUGUCCUCUUCGCCGGGAAGCAGCUAGAGGAGGAGGAGGAUGGCCGGCGAACCCUGGCCGACUACGGCAUCGGCAAGGGGUCGACCCUGCACCUCGCACUCGGGCUCCGCGGCGGCUACCAGCGGACCGGCUACGCAUGCGUCGAUCCCGGCCUCCGAACGCUUGCGCUCAGCUACAAUGAAAACAAGAUGAUCUGCCGCAAGUGCUAUGCACGCCUCUCGCCGAGGUCUACCAACUGCCGCAAGAAGAAGUGUGGCCGCAGCAGCGACCUGAGGCAGAAGAAACCGCUUGGACGACAUUAUUGGUGAAGCAACUUUACCGGGGCAGCAGUGACAUGCGUACUAGUAACUGCGGAAUCCACCAUCUUCCCAUAAGGACUUGCGGAUAUAUAGAUACUAUGAUCAUUCAUAGACUUGCUCUCCACCAAUGAUCUGAGUUUCUUGUUUGGCAUGGCUGUGACACCGAAUUGAUGUUUGAAUGUAUGUGUAGUUCCAUCGUUAAGUGACGUUGUAAAUUUC